UGCGGUCGUGCGGGUCAGCUAUUGUUUAUUGACAGUCUGGAGUCGCACAGAGGGAUUGAGAAGGGACAAGGCUAAGGGUGAGUUUGCUGAACGGCUACCGUCUGGGUUUAGCUGAACUGAACUAGCUACCGCGUACGUCUACUUAACGAGUUCAGAAUGAGCGGGCUUUGCCUUUUUCUCGCGUUGGCCGCCUUGAGCGUCGCGUCUUCGACGGGAUUCACCCUCCUAGCGGCGGACCCCGACACACAUGUUCUCGGGAGGUUUAAGCAGGCCGGGCGAGAGUUUGUCGUCGAGUCGACCGCUCUUGAAGACGAGAUCGUCUCGGAGAUUGGCGUGGUGCAAGAUGAGGGCGUCUACACUCUUUCUCGCCUCCACAUCCCUGCGAAGUACCUCAACCAGCGGAUGGUACCGGGCCUUCGGGAUAACGUAGUCGGGGAGGCAAAGGAGCUGCUCCGACGAGCGGGCGAGGUUGGCCUGAAGUUAGGCACCGUGGCCAAGGUGUACGAUCGGCUUGUCCAUCGGCUGUACAACUCGACCCACGGGAAGGAUAUGGAGAAGAGCCAGGUCCGGUUCGCGCCCAUGUACCACCUCUCGGUCGCGCUGACGGCGCAGAGGCUGGGGAAGCUGGGCGGGCUGAACACCACCGACCCGCUGUGCACCGACAGCCUGUCCUACCUGCACGGCAACGGGCUCUUCUCGUGCGAGGAGGACUUCCACCGAGCCGUGCCCGUCAAGGCGGCGGCGGCCAGCGCGUCCCGGGUCCGCCGCCAGGCGUUCGGAGGGAACCGGGAGUACAGUCGGAACGUGGACGAGCUGUACCUGGACGUGCCGGAGCUGUACGAGGGGCACAUCCAGUGGACCUACGGAAACAUCCCGGUCGCCUGGUGGAAAACCGCGCAGAGGAUCGCCAGGAAGGUCGCCUGCGGGUCGCCGGCAUGCAGACAGUCGGGGUGUGAGUAUCACUACGAAGGUUGGUUUAUUCGGAACACGGACUAUGGGUGCUGCAGCGUGCGGGACGAACCUGACAGGAACGGCUGCUGCAGGAUAGCCUCGCUCUCCUGCUUCAUCCACUCGGCCCGCUGCUCGUGCUGCGUCAUCCCGUACUACUGCGGCUGGGGCUGCAUCCCGGAUCCAGUAGCCUGCUACGGCUGGGACCGAGUCUACAGCUACGGCUACAACGCCUAAACACGACCGCGGAGAGGCCUGCAGAGCGAGACUACAGCCCCACUUUCAUUCUGAAACGCCGUGUAUCUAUCUACAUGUAGUGCAGGAUUUUGAAAAAUGUAUUUACGUGGGGUUAUAGGGACACAGGAGAAAGUUGUGUGUCGAGUUACUAGUUGAUAUUUAAGAAUUUAAGACUGAGAACAUUCCGAAUGUAUAUGUCCCCAAAGUCAUACAUUCCCGUAGGCUAAAUCAGUGAGUGAUUUUGUAACUUCAUACUGUUGUUCAUUUAUCAAUUCACUCAUUCUUUCA